AUGGCUGUCGAGGUCUCUGCAUUGGAUGAGGACCACCCGGUAGUCGAUCUCUCCAAACCCAUGCAUUCCCAGUCGCCCUCAGAGAAUGCUCGCCCACAGUCCCCAACUGAAAACAAGAUCGUCCUCUCUGCCGCCCAACUAUUCGCCUUGGGUGCCAAAAAGAAGACCUUCCUCUCUCCUCGUUCGCCCACUUCCCCUCCCACCUCCGCCAACAACACCAUCACCCUCUCCCUGCCACCCCAAAAACAUCAGAACCAAAGGUUAACCAUCAGUAACAGCAGCAGCAACCAGGAACAACAACAACCCCCUGCAGAGGACCCAGCUGCUGCUUCCUCUUCUGAUAACCCCUUCGACUUUGAGUUCAAGAACCCCUUCAGCUCCAAGCGCUUCCACCUGAGCAACUACCGCAAGAGUAUCGACCGCAACAGCAUCCUUCUCAGUCCUCCUGUGACCUCUGCGACCUCAGGAAGUGCUCCUAUGACAGAGGAGGAGGCGGAGAACGCCCGUCUCUUGCAGCUCAAGACCUUCUUCAGCAAGUUCUUCAAGGGCAAGAAGGAUGGCAAGAAAGGCAAGGGAGCCGACCAGGUCGCACUCACCGAGGACUACCAACUCUGGAACAACCUCACUCCCCUGCUCGUCCAACCCUCAGCCGUCUUCAUGGGGCUCUCCUUCAUGAUCGACGACAAGGGUGGCGCCUUGACAGACAAGGCCAAUGUCGACUGGAAUAUGAAUAUAAUUCUGGCUCUAGUCAAGGUCGUCAUCUUGCCCUACACCUAUACCGCCAAAGAUACCAAGAUCAAGAACAGGGACGGCAAGAGAAGCAGCAUUGACAAGGGCAAGGAGUCACGGGUCUCGCAGCUCUCUGCCAAGGACAAGGAAGAGAAGGAGGCCAAAGAGCACAAGCGAUUCAUGAUCAUCAAGGUCCAGUAUGGUGAUUAUCUUCCCAGCUGGCUGAUCGAGCGUAGUCUGGAAGACUUUGUCAGGCUGUACGAGUCUUAUCAUACCCCUAUCCCCGAGGCCGCACUCCUGUCAAAGACUCUCAGUAUUCCCAAACCACCGGCCGCCAUUCGCUCUCGCUUUGGUCUAACCGGCAAGUCUGCGAAGGCCGGCGAUCUCGACUCACAAGACAUUGGUGACCAGGAGAAUUCGCCCAUCGACAACGCCAACGCCUUUGAUUCCAAGGCUGCGCCCAAGUUGGCUAUGGAGCUCCAGACGUUCCUCCAGGAGAUGAUUCGCUAUGCCAUGCAUAUGCCCGACGCUGAGCGCAUGUGCAAGUUCUUGGAGCUGUCUGCUCUGACGCUUACCAAUGUUCCCGACGGCGGAUACCAAGGCAAGGAGGGCUAUCUCAACGUUAUCAAGCAGAAGAGACUCAUGGACGAGGGACCCCUGACGAAUGCGAUCAAGAAGGUCUACCGCAAGCCUGUAUCUAAGUACUUUAUUGUCCGCGAUUCCUUCAUCAUUGUCGCCGCCAGCCAUAAAAACACCGAAAUCCUAGACGUCAUUUUGCUGGACUCUUCGUUCAAGGUGACAAAGUCGCCUCGCCACCUCCACGCCCCCCACACCUUCGACAUUAUCAAUGCGGAACUCAAGUUCCAUGUCCGCGCCAAAUCGGAUCAUCGCCGUCGACAAUUUGUGGAGAGUAUUCGCAAGAUGCCCUCUCUCUGGAAGGAGACCAAGCGAUUUCACAGUUUUGCGCCAGUCAGAACGGAUGUUAGUGCUCAAUGGCUGGUCGAUGGAAGGGAUUACUUCUGGAACGCAAGUAAGGCCCUGGAAAUGGCCAAGGAAUCCAUCUACAUCCUGGACUGGAUGCUCUCGCCCGAGAUUUUACUCCGACGCCACCAACGAGACGGAGUCGACUGGUCGCUGAAGGAUAUUUUGGGGCGCAAGGCGAAUGAGGGCGUCAAGAUCUAUAUUGUCUUGUAUAGUGAGGUCGAUGCCGCCAUGCAUCUUGCCUCUCUCAGAGCCAAGAAGCUGCUUCGCAAGCUUUGCCCGGAGAAUAUCUGGGUGCAGCGCCACGGACCCAACCUGAAGACUGCUUGGUGGGCGCAUCACGAGAAGCUUAUUGUUGUCGACAACAUGAUUGCAUUCAUUGGAGGACUGGAUCUCUGUUUUGGACGAUGGGACACGGGGGAGCACACACUGAUAGAUUCGAAGGAGGACCAAAACGGACCUCGCUGGCCAGGACAGGAUUACUCCAACCCUCGCAUCAAGGACUUCUGCGACCUCUCCAAGCCCGACGUCGAUGCGAUUGACCGCGCCGAGAACCCUAGGAUGCCCUGGCACGAUGUGGGUCUCCAGAUUCUUGGACAGCCCUCAAGAGAUGUUGCUCGCCACUUUAUCCAGCGCUGGAACUUUUUGUGCAGGACCAAGCCCAAGCAAAAGCGAAUCCCCUUCUUGCUGCCCAAGCCUGAUAUUCACCUGUCCAAGCUGGAGGAGAUGGGUCUGAAGGGAACUUGUGAGGUCCAGAUCUUGCGCUCUGUGUCUUCCUGGUCGAUCGGUGUCAAGGACCCCGAGUGCAGUAUCCUCACUGCCUACCUCGCUGCCAUCGAGCGAGCUGAGCACUUCAUCUAUAUCGAAAACCAAUUCUUCAUCACAUCGACAAAUGUCAACAAGACCAUUGUUCACAAUGGCAUCGGCCGCGCUCUGACAGACAGGAUUAUCAAGGCUAAUAAGGCGGGGGAUAAGUUUAGGGUGAUUGUCGUUUUACCUUUGGUGCCUGGAUUCGAGGGCGGUAUCAACACUCCUGAGGCAACAUCAGUGCGCAUGGUCAUGCUCAGCAUCUACGAGACGAUUUGUCACGGAAAGAACUCGAUCUACGGUCGUCUUGCAACUGCAGGUGUAACUAAGCCUCAUAAAUACAUUUCGUUCUACGGUCUCCGCAACUGGGCCAAGUUUGGCGAGCAGUUCAUCACCGAGCAGGUGUACAUCCACGCCAAGAUGAUGAUCGUCGACGACCGUGUUGCCAUCAUCGGAUCAGCCAACAUUAACGAGCGCUCGAUGCUUGGUAACCGUGAUUCUGAGAUUGCGGCAGUGGUGCGAGACAAGGACUACAUCGACUCGACCAUGAACGGAGCUCCUUACAAGGUUUCCCGAUUCGCCCACACCCUUCGAAUGAACCUGAUGACAGAGCAUUUGGGUCUUUGCCCAGGACACGACCACAACGGAAACUUGUCAUCAAACAGCGGCAACACACCAUUCUCGCCUCUCGAUUUCGUAGAUCCUGUUCACCCUGCCUUCUUUGAGGAGAUCUGGAAGCACUAUGCGAACUCCAACACCCUCAUCUUCCGAGAUAUGUUCAAGUGUAUCCCCGACAACACUGUUAAGACUUGGUCCGACUACACUAAAUUCAACGACCAGUCGAAUAUCGAUGACCCUCGCAUGAAGGAAGAAAGGACAUUGAAGGACCGAGCGAUGAACAAGAUCUUGGGUCCUACUUUGUCAGAGCAUUUCACGUCGGCCGGACACGACAGUGGCGAAGAGGAUGAGGACGAGGACACGCAGCACCGACCUCUGCGAAAGAACCGCGAGGCGAAUCGUGCGGCCAAGAAGGCUUUGCGGGAUGACGACUCGGGCGACGAUGAGGAUCCUAUCAGGGACAAGGCCCGUGACGAGCGUAUCAUUCGACAGGAUCCUUCUGCCGAGAGCGAGCUCAAGUUGAGACAGAAUCGGAAAAAGCCGAGUGAGAAGAACCUUCGGACGGACGAGCGCGUUACUGCUCAUGAGAAGACUCGGGAACAGACUGAAGAAUUGAACCAGGAGAGGCGUCAAGGAGGCAUCGUCUCUGCAGACCCCGAGAAGGACAGCUCAGUUCGCAGGACCGUCGCCCAGCAGAUGGACGGCAGCAACGACGGCGCUGGAGUCGGCGGUGAAAAGCACGGCAAGUUGGUCAAGGGACUGUCGGUCGAGAGUCGAUUGAACGUCAAACGGACAGCGAGUGCUCUGGCUGGAGACAACGAUGUCAGGAUGGCGAUGGAGAACGACCUCAGCAAAGUCCAGGGACACCUCGUCGAAUGGCCCCUUGACUUUUUGCGGGACGAGAUUCAGUCGCACAACUUUUGCUAUCCCAAGGACUACAACCAUCCGAUUGAUCUUUACACUUAA